AGAGUUCCAUUUAAAAUCAAACUUCAAUGCUUUUAAUUAAAUUUUAAAAUAGGCUUUAAAUGUAUAUCGCUAUUUUAUUUUUGAAAAACCAUUAUAUUCUGAAGAAAGAUUCGUAAGAGUCUAAAGAAAAAUUUCGUUGAAGCGAUUAAUUAGAUAACAUUCUAAAAUAAAUCAUUUAAUUCAAUCAAUGUAUUCUGUACAAUACAUGUGCGACGAAUUGAAUGCGACGAAUUGUCGUGCGACGAAUUGAUCGCGACGAAUUGUCGUGCGACGAAUUGAUCGGUCACCCAUUAUUCAUUUACAGAAGAGAGUUUUCAGUAAUUGAUAAUAAAAUCUGGAUUUUUUUAAUAUAGUUUGAUAAUACAGAUAUCUAAAAUGUGCUGUAAGAUUUCUAGCUAAUGAUUAGUGCUAUGUAUAUGGCUUGUAAUUCUUGAUUUAUAUGAAUACCUUAAUGGUAUUUUUUUUAAAUGGAGACUUGGAGACCUUGAAUGAUUAGUUAAAGGUUUUGAAAAAAUGUUAUUUCUUCAAGUAUCAUAAUGAUUUUUUUGUAAGCACUAAUAGCAUUGAAAAUUGAAUUUAUUCUAGAAAUAUCAUUAUCAAUUGUACAUGAUACAUGAUUAUUCUUGAUAAAUUUUGUUUUGGAUUUUUUGAUAAUACAGUAACAGACAACAAUCAUCAAGACAAAUGAAAACUUUUUAUCUUUUUGGGAUGCAAUGUGACUUUAUUUGCUGAACUCCAGUGUAAAUUUGUAAUACUCCUAAAUGUAAAAUGUUGAUCGUCUUGUUCAUAAAAAUGCUUUCGAAAUUCAUUUUUCAAUGUCAAUGAAGAAAUAAAAAUUAGUGUAGACAUUACAGUUUGAAUUAGUGAAAAUAAGCUCAUGUUGCGGCUAAUAGCUACAUACAAAUUUGUUGAGUUAAUACCUGCAAUUUUCAAAUUAUCCCUAAAAUUCAACGUUUCCUUAUAAAAAUGCUGGAACUGAUAAUAAAAACUAUGACAAAAAUCUCGAUGUUUUCAAAUUGAUAGAUAACAUACUAUUAGGAUUAAACUUCUCAACAUCUGGAAGAAUGCUAACUCCUACAACAACCUCCUCCCAUACGUUCUUCGAACCUAGGAUCAAGAUCCAGAUAGAAUUUUCUCAGUUUUUCUUUCCACGAUUCAAGGUUCCAUAAGUUUAGCAUUACUCUUCUCAGUAUUGUAGAACUGCUUCUUCUCGAAAAAAAACUCUUUCCAGGACUCUCAAAGUAUUCGCAUAAGAAUCGUUGAAAAGUGCUUUUUUGUUGCAUAUGAAACUAGAAGAGCCUUUUUCUUGUUUAGAGUAUGCUAGAGAAAGAUAUUCUCGAAAGUUUUAUCAAGUUUUUUUCGAAGAAGAAGAAUAUCUUAUUCAUAGACAACGACGAUAAUGAUUCUUUUUCUCGUUCAUUGUAGUAAUUCCCAAUAUUCCAGCUAAUGCCAGAUGGGCACAGAAUGGUGUGACUGUUGCUGGAGGCCAUGGAGAAGGCAAUGCCACCAAUCAACUCUACUACCCUUAUGGUCUCUUCGUUGAUGAUGAUCAAACAAUAGUCAUAGCUGACAACGACAAUAGUCGUAUCAUCCAAUGGAAGAUGGGUGAUACGAAUGGACAAGUCAUCGCUGGUGGCAAUGGUCAAGGCAAUCGAUUGGAUCAAUUGUAUUAUUCAGUUGCUGUGUUAAUUGACAAAGAGACUGAUAGUCUCAUUAUAUGUGAUCACGACAAUCGACGAGUCGUACGAUGGUCUCGUCGUAGUGGCACAACUCAAGGGGAAAUACUCAUCGAUAAUAUCGAUUGUCGGGGAUUGGCCAUGGAUGAUCAGAGAUAUCUGUACAUCUCUGACUACAGAAAACAUGAGGUAAGACGAUAUCAAAUCGGAGACAAUAAUGGAACUAUUGUGGCUGGUGGCAAUGGCUAUGGUGCUGGUCUCAAUCAACUCAGCUUGCCGACCUACAUCUUUGUUGAUCAACAACAGACUGUCUAUGUGUCAGACACCGGCAAUCUUCGUGUGAUGAAAUGGAAUAAAGGUGCAAAAGAAGGAAUUGUCGUUGCUGGAGGUCAAGGCAAUGGGACUGCUCCGACACAAUUGUACGGGCCGACUGGACUGUUUGUCGAUAUGUCGGGCACUAUCUAUGUGGCAGACUCGGGAAAUCAUCGAGUGAUGCGUUGGCCUAAAGAAGCAAAACAAGGCACUGUUAUUGUGGGUGGAAAUGGUCAAGGAGCAGGAGCAAAUCAGUUCAACGGUCUCGUCGAUUUGUCCUUCGAUCGGCAAGGCAAUCUCUAUGUCGUCGAUGUGUUGGAUCAUCGUGUUCAACGAUUUUCAAUCGAAUGA